AUGACGAGCAGGAUUAAGAGAGUGGCCGUAAUCGGUGCUGGGCCCUCAGGCGCAAUUGCUACGGAUGCCUUGUCCGAGUCUUCGAUCGACGACCAAUCCCAGGAGGAACCUGAUGGAAAGGCCGAUGCUCCCGUUCCAAUUCCAUCUCAGCUUCCAGCCCAGACACCCAAGUCCGAGGCCAUCAACAGUCAUCAGAUCCGGUUUUCGGAUACCGCUCAGCAUGAACACCUCCACACCAACAUAACCCCAGAGAUCAUGAGCUUUACCACUGAACCCUUUCCGGAAACUUUGACUGAACGCAUUCGAGAGAAGUAUGGUGAUGACGCUCCCUUCCGCGGCCGGGAACAGAUCCGGGAGUGGGUUGAAAACAUCUUUGUCCGUAAUGGACAUAAAGAACUGCUAGAACUCAGUACCACCGUGGAACUUGCAACCAAAGAGGGUGACGAAUGGGUUCUUACACUGAGGAAAGAGCUCCCUGGAAAAAACCACUGGUGGCAAGAGAGAUUUGAUGCCCUCAUUGUAGCAACUGGGCAUUACAACGUACCCUGGCUUCCGAAUAUCGAAGGAAUCACGGAAUACGACGAGAGGUUUCCUGGCCGUAUUGUGCACAGCAAGCACUUCAGAGAUUCUGAUAAGUAUAAGGGAAAGAAAGUGAUCGUUGUGGGAGGCUCAGUAUCGUCGCACGAAAUCUUACACGAGUUUCUGCCGGUUGCCCAACACCCGGUCUAUGCUUCACUUCGCGGAGAGCCUCUUCCUCACUUUGGCUGGGCCCCUUUCACGCACCCCCAUAUCUCUGUCCAGAAGCAGAUCAUCAAGUUCGACUCAGAUACUGGCGCCAUCACCUUCGAGGACGGAACCGUAGUUGAAGGCGUAGACUAUGUGGUCUUCGGGACUGGUUUCACUUUUAGCUUCCCCUUCUUGCCGGAGGUACAAGAACGCAUACGUCAAGUUGACCGUAGGUUAUCGGGAGUCUACUUCCACACUUGGGAUAUUGAAGAUCCAACUCUUGCCUUCUUAGGAAUGUGUGGAGGUGGCUUCACUUUCCGCCUUUUCGAAUGGCAAGCAGUCGCGGUAUCUCGUCUUCUGGCAGGCAGGGGCAACCCCUUACCAUCAAAGAAGGAACAGAAGGCAUGGGAGAAGGACCGUGUUGCCGAGUUUAGUGGAGGUAAAGACUAUUACACCAUUGCGCCAUUCUACAAAGAGGUGUUUGAGUACUUCAGGUCGGUGGCAGGGGAUCCCGCGCCGGGAACGACAGGUCGCAUCUUGCCACCUUUCGACGACAAGCUAUUAGAUAUAUGGGCGGCCAUGGGAUCUGCGAAAACCAACUUCUGGGAAGACUCCAGAAAGAAAGCCGAGGCUGAGCUCGAUGGGAAGCCCAUCAGAUCGAGGUUAUAG